GGAGUUGCUAUGCUCCGGUUUGUCUGAGUUCCCGUUAAAACUUUUGGCGGGAAUUCAAAUGUCUCCGAUUUUUUCUCUUAAAAUCUUCCAAAAUUUUCUGUUUGAGACUAAGAAAAAAAAAAUGAAUGCCGUUGCUGAAGUGAAAGGAAGACGCGGUGUCCAGCAAAAGAAAAACGAAAAACAAAAUGAGUACAAAAGAAUUGGAAGAGAGAAAAAGCUUGCUGAUGAUUCGCGAUGUUAUGGGAAUAUCCUGGAUCUUGUCAAGAGAAAGAAGGUCACAAACUGGACCCAAACGCGGCUGGUAGUUGAGGGCAAACUGGGGGAAGGCCUGCGUGGCAUUGCAUACAAGGUUAAGCACCGAAACACCAUGAAGUGUUUGAAGUUAUUGCCACUCAGCUGGACCUCAAGAAACAAGGAAGCUCUCGAAGACUUGGUCGCGCUCAGAUCACUCAAAACUAUCAAGAAAGAGACUCCAAACUACUUGACAUUCUUCGAUUCUUUUGUUCUCACGAACCUGCCAGCCUCAACUCAAGACAAGCUCAAUCAACUUGAUCCACAAUGCCCAGCUACUCACUACCUUGGACUCCUGGUCGAACUGGGAUCAAACAGUUUGGACAAUACAAUGCUGACAACCGCAGUCGAAGGAUUAUCGAUUGUCAAGCAGCUUGUGCUCUCUCUUGUCAUUGCGAAGCGACGUUUGGAUACCAACCACAAUGACGUUCAUCCAGGGAACGUGCUCGUAAAGCGUUCAGCAUCACCGAAAACUCUGAAGUACACCCUGGAUGGCAAGGUGAUCCGCAUCCCUUCGCAUGGAUUGGUCGUCGGAAUUAUCGAUUUUUCGGAGGCGUCGUUUGGCAGAGCCAACGGCAAUUCGGACGUGGGCUUCCUCAGUUUCAUUACUGAGGAAAUUUCGAAAACAUUGUCGAAAGCUGAAAAUCGGACAUUCCAAACAGCUAUCGAUGGGCUCACCGAUGCAAGGAGCAUCACAGCCAUCUACCCGAACGCCAGCAUCUUCAAAAAGCACUGAACUCCUUCUCUCUUUUAUUAUUUUAUUCUUUCUCUUUUUAAAUAUAUAAAUUUUCCCUUG